GCGAGCGCGCUGGGGAGCGCAGCUGCGGGCGUGGGGGGACAGCAGCCGCGGAGCCGGCCCCGAGAGCGGCCGCGGCCGGAGCGAGCGGCGGAGACAAAGGCUACGAUAGGGCCAGUUGUGAGUGUGUGGAUUUUUGAGUAAAACCUCGAACCCAAAUGAGAAGAAACCUUCAAGGAACAACUUAUACUGACAGUGAGUCUACAGUCAUCUGUAUGCAUAUUAUGGAAUGUUCUCAACCCAGAGAUAGCUCUGUUGACAAGGAGUGAGUGACUACCUGUUAAGGUCCUGAGUCAAGACAACAAUUUUUAUACCUUUCCUGGUGGUUCAGAAACGAGUCUCUGUAGAAUCAGAAGCAAAGAAAGAAAACAAUCUGACCUUUUCUUUGUUAGAUUGACUAUAUACGAUACUUGACUUCAGGAACAAAAACACAGAGAAGUAAUAAAGUUAUUAUUUUGGCAUCUUUGGACAUCUAUCAUAUUGAGAAGCCUGCUUUGUGAAGCUUCCUGAGUUGAGAUUUGGAAAGUUCAUUGGUGCUCAUUUAUAACUUGGACUGUAAGCAUGAGUGAAUUCUGGUUGUGUUUCAACUGCUGUAUUGCAGAACAGCCUCAACCUAAAAGGCGCCGGCGGAUUGACCGAAGUAUGAUUGGAGAGCCCACAAACUUUGUGCACACGGCUCACGUGGGGUCAGGAGACCUGUUCAGUGGGAUGAAUUCUGUUAGCUCCAUUCAGAACCAGAUGCAGUCCAAGGGAGGCUACGGGGGUGGCAUGGCUGCCAAUGUGCAGAUGCAGCUUGUGGACACGAAGGCAGGAUAGCCCCGGACCCCUCCUCCAUGUGAUGGCGUCUUGUUCACCCUGUUGUGAUUACUCCGGUGACACGUUACUAUUCUGCUCUGAAGAAACUAUUGUCAGAAGAAUCCUGCAUUUCCUUCAGCUGGCAUGCAUGCCUUUGGACUCAUGGACUGAGUUCUUUGGAUUGUGGCUUAAUGAUUGAUUUUUAUGAAUAUGGAUCUGAUUUUAGCAUGAUCUUUUUUGUGAAUGCUAGCACUGUUGUUUUGCAUUUUUUCCCGCAUUUUUAACAAUUUCUCUUUCCACCUCCAACCCCUCUGCCUUAUGAUUUUAUUGGUAAGCAAAGAACUGCUAUUUUAAUUUGUCACCAUUUAUGUAUAUUUUGGAAGGUAUGAGACCCAUAAGCACAAUGAUCAUUUCUAUUCAUUUGAAACUUCAGCAGAGUAGUAUCUGCUUGCUUUAUGAAGUUGCUUGUAUGGGAGCCCAUGGGAUGCCAGAAAUGAACAUUUCCUUGCUGCCACGGGCUGAUGAUACUGCUGCUAUGAGAGAAAGGUUAGCUGUGGCACCAAGUCACAUCAGUUUCACAAAAAAAGGCAAUUUGUAGUUUAUUUUAGAAGUAUGACUUUUAUUUAGAGUUAUAAUAAAAGCUCGCAUUCAUAAGGCAUUCAUUCUGUUGUAAAUGUUCAAUAUAUUUAUUUGAGAGCAAGGGCCUGGGAUUGUAAACAGGUAUGGUUAUGUAUCUCUGUGUGUGUGUGUGGUAAUACCUUCAUUGGGUCUGACUCUGAGCAUCAUGAUCUUAGUAAGCUGUUCAUGUGUGCUUAUUCUGUUUUCACUUGUCUAAUAUUAUGGUAUCCAGUUGCUUCCAGUAGCAGUUUGUUGAGCUUUUGGCCUGUAUUCCUAACUGCGGAUUUCAGUCAUUGGCCUCUCCAUCUUCCACAUAUUUUGGCACAGUGGAGGUUGCCCAGAGCAACAGUUGACCUGGCUGUGUUGUUGCCUGUGAAAACCACCUGCAUGGUGACUUAUUAAGGUAUUGGUGAGAAACCUUUGGCUCAGGUUCCAAAAUACGUUUAUUCUUCACAAAUUGUAUUUCUGUAAAUGCUUCUCCUUCCCCAUAAGGGUGUAGUGCUAAGCCAAUUAGUGGUUUGUUUUUUCAUGAAAAUGUUUAAAUUAUGUCCAGUUCAGCCCUAUGUAAGUUACAUUUGGUAGGAAUAACAGUUCAUGUAGGAAAUGAGGCUUAACUGAAAACUGACUUAGAAAGCUAUAAGGAAUCUUCCCCCAGUUCUUUUGGAUUUAAUUUACCCAGUACAGCAGGCACUAGAAUACUCAGUCCUUAUAUUUCGGCAGUUUUGAGUCUUCAUAGGUGUCAGUCCCAGAGACUCUGUCAAGGAAAAACAUUUAUGCUUAGCAGUCAAAAUAGGCAUUUUGCAGUUUAAUAACUUCUGAACUUGAAUUCAUCUGAUGUCAUUAAUUGAGUUGAUACUGCAUUCUGGAGUUUGCCUGACUGAGUACCACUGUCAUUCUGUUCAGCCAGCAACAGGGCACUUCAGUGUGCAAGCUCUUUAAGGGCUUUUUUUUUGGCCUUGUCAGCGCUGGAUGCUAUGUAGUCUACUUCUAUUCUGAGUUUGACAAUUGGAAGGCAUGGUCCCUUUUCCCCAAGGACCAAUACUCUAGUGGGCACUGGAGCAUGUCUCCAUGGUAAGCCAAAGGCUGCACUCUUCAGCCUCUAACUGUUCUGCAGCUGCCACUGACGUGACAGGCACAAGCAGCCACACUGUGUGCAAAGCACCACUAAUUAUUCAAGAAAUAAGAAAAUUACCAACAAUUUUAAGAUACUAAGACACAGAUUUUUUUAGGGAGUUAGCAGGUCCCCACCUGGAUAAGUGGGUUUGUAAAUCUUGGGAGGUCAUUUGCUCCCCAUAACAAUGUGUGAAAAUUGAAGCUAACUAAAUAUGAUUGACUGUUAAUACUCUGCUGAAAUACAUGCUAACAACUGUUAACUAAUGACAUGCAUUCUGUAAAAAAGAGGUGCUUUCCCGUGAUGUAGGCCUGAAGUGGUGUGGUGCCAGUGAGCAUAGUUUGGAAAGUGAACUGUGGUGACUGGGUUCAGCAUUUCCAAUGCAGCAUUAUCAGUGGGCCUUUAAAGAUACUUUGUGAGUAUGUAUUAGCUUUCACUUUUGUUAUUAAAUUAUAGCAGUUCUAUUAUAGAGAGCAAGUUUACCUUGAUUUUGUUUAAAAUGACUUCUGCUCAGCACCCAGGAGAUAAAAUUGACAUAUUUUUAUAAUAUAAGCAUACUUUUUUUGUACAUUGUGUUCAUUCUUGAAUAAAGUAAGUUCAGUGU